AUGACCUCGUGCCAGGCUCUUCAUCGCAGAUGCAAACAUGAACUGGUCUGUCAGGUCGUGAGAGCCUCGCACGCCAUUUACGAUAAAUGCAGAGAGUCAGCGAAGAAGAUGCCUGUUUAUGCUGUCAUUGAUGAGGAGUGGAGAAGAAAUGCUUUCCUCAACGUGUUCAUGCUCUUAUACCCUGAGUUGCCUGUCCUUUGGGUAGACAGGUACAAAUUCCGUGGGAAGCCUGCCCCCCCGGAUUCGUUCCCCCUCGUCGUUGUCACCGAGGAGGAAAUGAUGGGAUGCCACCCCAUGAACGUCACGAUGAUCCUCGACUUUCCUGGUACAGUGUGGAAGAACUACUGUCGAUUGAUAGCGACCACUGGGAAAAACAAGAUCCUCGUGAUCGAGGAAGAAGAGUGGAGAACGGGGAAGUUUUCUUUCGUCCCUGAAGUGGUAAGAAAUAAUCCGAAAUGGAAGACCAAGAAAGAAGUGAAGGAAGAAGACCUCAAAAUAAAACUGGAGGAGGCGUGGCAAAAAUACGAUGACGUGAAUGAGAACGUCUUAUACCUGAGGGAGUGGAAAUAUUCUAAGCAAUCUAUCUCUAGAACGGAUCUGAAUCUGGAUUGGUGUGAAAUAGAGAAAGAUCCAGACGUGGAAUUCAUUCAAGAAACGCGGCUCAUUGGAAUAUUUGGAUACCCUGCCUCGGGAAAAUCCAGGAAAGUGGAUGCGUUCAUUAGACGAGAGGAGAACCAGGUUCUUGUUCUCCACUGCGGCGAAACAUCACAUAUUGUGAAGACAUUGGAAAACAAUAAAUUAAAACUCAUUCUCGCUUUUAAGCCUCAUUCAGAUUCGAAGGUCUCAGUGAAGGAAACAGUAGACAUGCUGCAAAACGACAAAGGUUGCGUAGCGAUUGUACUUGAGUAUGAACCGACCAACGUGGCUCUAAUGAAGCACAUCCGAGAAAACGAGAUUCCAACUUCUUUGAACUUGAACUCAAGGAAUCUGUCUGUGACUGCAAAGCCUGCAGCGAUUGUCCCAGGCCCUCCUGUCCAAUACGUCAAAAUUGAUGCCAAUAAUUGUUCAGGAAAGCAUUUUGGAUAUAUCUGUUCUGAGAGGGGUUCAUGUGGGAUCACAGCAAAUGUUCUCUCAUCUGAUAAAAUAAAUAAACUUUUGGAAAUGAAAAACCAAUCUGAGCACAAAGAUGCCAUCCAGCAUGAAGCCGAGUCCGCACAGAAAGACAUACCCAAGCAGAAGGCCAAAUCCAAGAAAAAAGGGAAAUCUAAGCAACAAGGAAAAUCCAAGCAACAAGGGAAAUCCGAGCAAAAGGACAAUUUUAAGAACAGGGUACAAAGACAGAAAGUUGAAUCCGAAAAUGCAUACAUCCUGGUUUCAGACGAAGGCUUACUCGAACCACUGUUAAAGAUGGUGAAGAAUACCUGGAAAAAUGAAAGUGAAAAAGACCUGAUCCAAGUGAAACACCUGAAGGACUUUCGUGGGUGCGAAGCUUCAGUCAUUGUCUCUUUCAACGUGAGCGACGACUGGCUGCUGGAGGUCAUCUCCCGCUCCAGGACUCAACUCAUCAUCAUCGACAACCUUUUCGAACAUCAAAACCUAUGGAAACAAAUGGAGAAAGAAGGUCGCGUUGUGGUCAUCCCCUGCCCACUGGAGCCUGAAAAUGACCUGAGCAUCCUCCUGCGAUUAGAUGACCAGGAAUCGUUCCUACUGUUUUCAACUGUGUUGCAGAGUCCGACUUGGGAUGAAGUACUACAACGAAUCGGAGGGAUGCCUGUGGAGGAGGAGGAUAUCCUGGACGAGGAAAAAGGUGCCAUUCUCCUCAAAAACAUACUCGAAGUAUGGGAAGCCAUCGAUCCAGACUUGAAUCCCUCAUCCCCUUUCACUGAUUGGAGUUACGUACAUACUGAGGAUUGUACGUGCUUUGAACCAUCUGCUAUGAAGAUCGGUAGGGAACUGACAGCUCUGGUUGCUGACACCCAAAGACAUGGUCGUACGCGCAUGCGCAUUUUGAUCCAGAUCCUGAAGGACUCACGGGUACUCAUGCCUUCCCCUCAGUGA